AUGGAGCACAACCCGCUGGCUGAGCAGCUGCAGCGCCUGCAGCGCUGGGCAACCAAUGUGUUCCAGCCCGCAGCCAGGGGCCUCCCGGCCCUCGCCUCCGCGCCGCGCCGCGUGCCGGCGGCUGGCGACCGCGCGCCGCCAGCGGUCGCGCUGCGCCGCCGCGCGGCGCCCUUCGCGGCGAUCAUCCCCGGCGACGGCGUGGUGGAGACUGUCUUCUCGACGGGCCUGUACAACUUCAUGUGA